GGCUCCACCCUUCUCCUCUUGGACAGCUGCCCGGCUGAGUAGGGUCGGGUCGGGGGCGUGGAGACUGGACGAGGUCCGCCGACCUGCUCUCGCCCACCUCCCCAGCCCCCAGAAGCCAGCGCGCAUUCCUGGUGCCCCCGCGUCCCCCGCGAGCAGGGACCUCACACCCCCGCGCCGCCGCGUCUUGAAUCUGAAAACAGUGCCCUGGGCUCCAGCUGGCUUCAUGGAAAGAAGAAGAGUCCCCUGCAGAUGCUCUAUGACCUGAACAAGGGCCCGCUCUCGGCCCUGGCCGAGGUGCACCGGCAGAGACGUGAUCUGCUGCAACGCGCCUGCAGCCGCCACACACGCCGGCAGCGCCUGCUGCAGCCGGAGGACCUGCAGCACGUGCUGGUGGACGAUACGCACGGCCUGCUCUAUUGCUACGUACCCAAGGUGGCCUGCACCAACUGGAAGCGCGUACUGCUGGCACUGAAUGGCAGUGUCCGCGGGGACCCACGCUCCAUCCCUGCGCACGAGGUGCACGCUCCAGGCCGCCUGCCCUCUCUGGCCGACUUUAGCCCCGCAGAGAUCAACCGGCGCCUACGUGCCUACCUGGCCUUUCUCUUCGUGCGCGAGCCCUUCGAGCGCUUGGCCUCCGCCUACAGCAACAAGUUCGUGCGGCCCUACAGCGCGGCCUUCCAGCAACGUUAUGGCACGCGCAUCGUGCGGCGCCUACGGCCGCGCCCACACCCAGAGGCGUUGGCCCGCGGCCACGACGUCCGCUUCGCGGAGUUUCUGGCUUACCUGCUGGACCCGCGCACGCGCCGCGACGAACCCUUCAACGAGCACUGGGAGCGCGCCCACGCUCUUUGCCACCCGUGCCGCCUGCGCUACGACAUCGUGGGAAAGUUCGAGACGCUGGCAGAGGAUGCGACCUUCGUGCUGGGCUUUGUGGGUUUGCCUGGCCUGCGCUUCCCUGCGCCUCCGCCCCCGGCCAAAGCGGCCACCACUCAUGACCAAGCUGCGCGCCUCUUCCAGGACAUCAGCCCCUUCUACCAGCGACGCCUCUUCGACCUCUACAGGAUGGACUUCCUGCUGUUCAACUACUCCACUCCCUCUUACCUGCGGCUGCACUAGCCUGCCGGGGCCCUCCAGGGUACAUUGUAGGGGGGCCCGAGAAUGGGUGUUUCUAAUGGGCCCCGGGGACUCCACUCUGACAAUCACUGCACUGGGCUGCCAUCACACCUGUCUGGGUUUGGGUGCAGCCCGCCUCAGGUGCUGUUCAUCUGUGUACCUGCCGCCUGUCCCGUCUGUCGUUUGGUGCUUGCUUCCUUUAAUUGCUCUAGCUGUCAGGUGCUUCCUCAGGAUCCCUGGGUGGGUGGAGUUUCAGGUUGCAAAGAGGCCAUUUUUUUGUCAGCUCUCUCCCCAAACCUGUCCAUGGUGCAACAGGGCAGAAUGCUGGCUCCAGGCAGCCAGUGACUCAUCCCAGUACCCUCCCCAAAUCACCCUCUCUUGUAAGGACAGCCCUGGUCAAGGAGAGAAGCCCUCCCAUGCUGGACUUGGGCUGGGGCCAUCCUUGUCUCUGGGCAUGGCUCAAGAGCCAGCGGUGAGCUGUUUUCAUUCUGCCUGUCACAGAGCAGGGCUGCCUUUCCUGUGGCUGACCCCACCCUUGGUCUCAGUCUGGCCAGAUGCUAGGUCGCCUCUGUGUGCCCACAGAGCCCAGGAGGGGUGCACUACGAUCGAUGGCAGGUGUUAUAGGGCCUUGGUGAGCUGGGAAGCUCAUGUUAUUGAAAUAAAUGUGUUUUGUUACUUCUGCCA